AUGCCGCACAUCCGACACCACAGAAGACAUCACUCUUGGCCACACUGUGGGUCGGAGCUUUGCAUACGUGAGCCUCGCAGCCUGGAGCUGCGUAUUUUCAGGCCUGGAGAUGGAAACCCCAACUUUACCCCAUGGUCCUUUCAACAAGCCACAGUUCCACUCAUAGCAGAGGAUCUCGAGGAUGACGAUGCCGAGAUGGCAGGUAUCGUUCGAUCGCAAAGACCACGAGUCCAUCGUCUCUGGUCUCGCACUUUGAUACGGGACGAACGCGAAGAAUUUCAUCUAUCAGCUACCACGGUCGAUGCUCGGAAGCAUGUUCAUCGCAGCGUGCUUCGCCGUCUGAUCCAUCGGCCACUACUGGAUCGGACACGGUCGCUUUUUGUCAUGCCGACAACGAGGAGGGCAGGAGAUGGGACGGUCAUCUCGGGAUGGAUGCCAGCUCGUAUAUCGGCUCAACCGGUGACAGUUAUUGAAAGAAAGCGGACAGCUCUCGCCGGGGUUGAUACUGCCAAAUUGUUCACGGAGCGACGACAUCGACGAUGUCAUUCAGAGCAGCCACGGUCAUGGAGGGAGCCCAGUGCUAGCCUGUGGCCUCUACGAGAGGAAUCUCCAUAG